AUGAGUGCACUUACAUCAACGACAUUCGUCGAGUUGGCCACUGUUACCAUGGCCGACAACCAAACUAUAAUACCAACAACAACAAUAACGAUAGAUAUGGAAUCAUCAGUGCCUGUGUGGAUACGAAUUGUGUUACUUAUAUUUAUGAUCUUAAUCGAUGUUGUUGCAUUUCUGGGUAAUUUACUUGUUAUAUGUGCGUUUUAUCGCACACGUCGUUUACAAACAGUGACCAACUAUUUCAUCGCUUCGUUGGCUUUUGCCGAUGCUUUAGUUGCAAUAUUUGUUCUUCCAUUAAGUAUUUUACAUUAUCAUCGAGAUCGUUCCUGGAAAUUAGGUUUAAUCUUAUGUGAUCUAUGGGUAUCAUCGGACGUACUUUUAUGUACGUCGAGUAUUUUAAAUUUAACUUGUAUCUCCGUCGAUCGAUACAUGGCGAUAACCCGACCGUUGACAUACACAGCCUAUCGAUCAAAAUUUCUUGCUCGUAUUAUGAUCUUACUUGUUUGGAUUGUCUCGGUUGUUAUCACAUGUCCGCCGAUAUUUGGUUGGCGAGAUCCAAAUCGACGCUUUACAGUUGAAAAAGAACAUCGAUGUGAUUUAAACACCGCUCGAGGCUAUGUUGUCUACUCGGCGUUGGGUUCAUUCUAUAUUCCUGCUGUAGUAAUGAUAUUUGUUUACAUCCGCAUAUUUAUGGUUGUUUACGAUCGCGAUAAUUUAAUCAAUAAAUUUCAUGACAAUGAUAAUCAUCCACAAAAAGCCCAUCCAAAUGGUUUACCUCAUCCAAAACCCACUUCCGAUGGUACACAUUAUAAUUCAAUAAAAACACCGAAAAAGUCAUCUUGUUGCUGCUAUUAUUUAUGUUUUCGAAAGACUUCCCCACCGACAUCUUCGUAUCUCCAGCCGCAAAUGCUCGUACAAUCGGGAACGAAUUCUAUUGCAUCAAAUUUCGAUCGCAAAGGAAACAGUUCGUUUAUUUAUCGUUUUCCCAGUAAAACGAAUUACAGUAGUGCAUCGAGCUCUAUGCCAAAUACACCGCCGUCAUUCGCAAAAAAGCCUACAACUAUCUUCUGUCGUCCAUGUACAAUAUCAACGAAGAGAAUGCCUAAUUUAUCCGAUGAAAUUUAUAAUUAUCGUCGUAAUUAUUUGUCGGGUAUUGGUGCUGAAUAUCAAUUUCGUUCGGGUGAUUCUCCAUGUUAUGAGUUGAAAACUUUUCAAGACUCAUUGCCAACAUUAACUAAAUGUCGAUCAAAUUCAUUUGAACAACUAUCAACUGACACGAAACGUGACCCAACUACGAAAUCGAGUCAUAAUCAACACUUGAAAACAAGCCAACAACAAGCAAAUGUAUUGAACGGCAAUCUACUAAUCAAUCAAGACAAACAAAUCGCGAAAUCUUUGAACGAACUAACAGAAGAUAUUGCACAUUUGUCCAUGAUUGAUCAAACGAAAAUCUAUGAAAUGAAAUAUUCCAUGUCUGCUCUAAAACCUUCGUCACUGUGUAAUCAAACUAAUUCGAACGAUGACUCGAAAUCUCUACCGGAGCAAACGCGUAUCAAUCGUCGAAUGAAACCAUCACGUGCAACAAAAUUAACUCCAUCGGAGAUGCUAAUCGAAAAUCUGAAACAGCAGCAUAAAUUUUCCUCGAAUCCUGGAUCAUCAUCCGCAAGUACACGCCGUCUAAACGAAAUCGGUCACCAGAAAUCGAACGUACCGUGCUACUGCUGUUUCCAACCGAUGGAGAAUUGGUGUGAAAGAAAAACCAAAAGUCAUAAGCAGUACACACCAAAUCAAUCUUUAACCAAUGAUGAAGACGAAAAAGAAGAACUAUCUUCGAAUGAAAUGCACACUCGAACACCAAUGUUAAGAUCACAUCCCAACUUACGUGCCACAAGUAGUUCCAAUCAAAACAUUGUCGUCGCAUCAACAUCUUCCAUACAUCAUCCCAUUCAUCCUACUCACGAUGUCCAUCGUCGUGAACGUAUUCGUUUCAUGAAAGAACAAAAAACAGCGAAAACACUGGCCGUUGUCGUUGGUGGUUUCAUUCUGUUUUGGUUACCGUUUUUUAUUAUGUAUAUCAUCCCGCCAGACACGUACUCAUUCAAUAAUUUAACAGUUACGCUAAUAACCUGGCUUGGGUAUUUCAAUUCCGUAAUUAAUCCAUUCAUUUAUGCGUAUUGUUCAAAACAAUUUCGCAUGGCUUUUUGGAAUAUUACAUUCGGUCUUUGUUUUAAAAAGUCCAACACAUCAACACCAAAAGGAAUGAAGAAAUAA